AUGGAGCCGCGUCCGCCUGGGACCGAGCCCCCGCUGCCCCGGGGGCCGGGACCGGGGCUCGAACCGCAGCUGGAACCGGAGCCCGAGCUGGACCUAGAACCCGAGCUGGACCUGGAACCAGAGCCCGAGCUGGAACCGGAGCCGGACCUGGAACCGGAGCCCGAGCUGGACCUAGAACCCGAGCUGGACCUGGAACCGAAGCCCGAGCUGGACCUGGAACCGGAGCCUGACCUGGAACCGGAGCCAGCGCCAGAGCUGGAACCGGAGCCGGACCUGGACGCGGAGCCAGAGCUGGAUCUGGAGCUCUGGGCACUUGAGCCCGCCGCUCCCGGCGCGGGGCCGCCGCCCUGGUGCCCGGGGGAGGCCGGGGGCAGCCCGGGCCCCGCCGAGCCCCCGCCUGAGGAGGAGCCGCGUCUCCGCCCGGUCUUCGACGCCCUGGACCGCGACGGCGAUGGCUUCGUGCGCGUGGAGGAGUUUGUGCAGUUCGCCACGGCCUACGGCGCCGAGCAGGUAAAGGACCUAACAAAAUACCUGGAUCCCAGUGGAUUGGGAGUUAUCAGCUUUGAAGAUUUCCAUCGAGGGAUCAGAGCCAUCAGAAAUGGAGACCCUGACAGCCAGCUGUAUGAUAUGGGAUAUACCCCCGAGGAGGAAGCCCCGGCCUGUCCCGAUGAGUUUGAUGAUUUCGUCACGUUUGAGGCAAAUGAGGUGACUGACAGUGCCUACAUGGGCUCGGAGAGCACCUACAGCGAGUGCGAGACCUUCACGGAUGAGGACACCAGCACCCUGGUCCAGCACGAGAUGCACGACGAGGUGGAGACCGACAGCGCCAUCGACUCCACCGUGCACUCGGAAUUCACGGAUCCCAUCGAGGAGCCGGAGCAUGGAUCCCAUCCCCACGAGCUGGCCCUGGGCUCCGAGCUCAGCCACUCCAUCGUCACCGUCAUCAGCGGGGAGGAGCAUUUCGAGGAUUACGGGGAAGGGAACGAGGCCGAUCUGUUCCCAGACCCUCUGUGUAAUGGGGAAAGCAGCUUUGGCAGCUCCUCCUUCCUCUCUCCCAGCACCGAUCCGCUCGCUGCGAAACUGCACAGCAUUCUCGCAGAUGAAGCUUUUGAGUUUUACUGUAGCCAGUGCCACAAACAAAUCAACCGCCUCGAGGAUCUUUCUGCUCGCCUGAAUGAUCUUGAAAUGAAUAGCCCAAAUAAAAGACUCUCCAGCAAGAAAGUGGCAAGGCAGCUGCACCAGACGAGCUCGUUGGCCGUGGGGGUGAUGGAGGAAUCCUACCGGGAGAACCUGGAGUGCACGGACGAGGACAUCACGGACAAGGUGGUGUUCCUGGAGAAGCGGGUGACGGAGCUGGAGAAGGACACGGCUGCCAACGGGGAGCAGCACAGCCGCCUCCGGCAGGAGAACCUGCAGCUGGUGCACAGAGCAAACGCGCUCGAGGAGCAGCUGAAGGAGCAGGAGCUGAGGGCUGACCAGACCCUGCUGGAGGAGAUCAAGAAGCAGAGGGAGCUGCUCAGCAAAAUGGAGAGGGAGAAGAGCAUUGAGAUCGAGAACCUGCAGGCCAGGCUGCAGCAGCUGGAUGAUGAGAACAGUGAGCUGAGGUCCUGUGUCCCCUGUCUGAGAGCCAACAUCGAGAGGCUUGAGGAGGAGAAGCAGAAGCUGCUGGAUGAGAUCGAGGACCUCACUGUGCAGCUCACAGAGGAGCAGGAGAAAAAGAGGAAGAUGGGGGACAAGCUGAGUCAGGAGAGGCACCAGUUCCAGAAGGAGAAGGAGUCGACGCAGGAGCUCAUUGAGGACCUCAGGAAGCAGCUGGAGCACCUGCAACUCUUCAAGCUGGAGGCAGAGCAGCGCAGGGGCCGGAGCAGCAGCAUGGGGCUGCAGGAAUACAACAGCAGGACACGGGAGACAGAGCUGGAGCAGGAGAUCAAACAGCUCAAGCAGGAUAACAGGAACCUGAAGGAGCAGAACGAUGAACUGAACGGGCAGAUCAUCAACCUGAGCAUCCAGGGAGCCAAGAACCUGUUCUCAGCCUCCUUCUCCGAGUCCCUGGCAGCGGAGAUCAGCUCUGUCUCCAGAGAUGAGCUCAUGGAAGCAAUCCAGAAGCAGGAGGAGAUCAACUUCCGCCUGCAGGAUUACAUCGACAGGAUCAUCGUGGCUAUCAUGGAGACCAACCCCUCCAUCCUGGAAGUCAAGUAAGGGCUGCGCUCCUCGCUGGAUUUGGUGCUCUGAGAGGAUGAAGAGGGACUCCAAACGUCUUUGCACUUGAUGAAGGCACAAGGAAGCCUCAGCUCGGGGGGUGACUGAGCCACGGACCAGGGAAAAGGAAAGCCAGCAGCCAGGCUGUGCUGUCUGACUCCGUUAUUUUGAAGCCCUUCUGGCUGUGGAGGGUGAAAGGGAACCUGGAGAAGGAGCUCAGGAAAGGGACACUGCAGGAAGUGCUGGGGACUGUCCCGACAGGCACCGCUCCGAGGGAUGCUCCGAACCGCGGGAGAUGGGCACGGAGAUGGAAGUGACAGCGCUGACUUUCCCCUGCUGCCCUGCCCAGCCCCGGCAUCUGCUGUGCCAAAGUGUCCCUGACACACUCACCGGGCAGAGCUGGCAACGAGGGAAGCGCGUCCCGGACUCGCACAGGGUUGGGGUUCGGUUUUUGUUUUGGGGUUUUGGUUUUUUUUUUUUAAUUAACUUAAUGCAAAUGUCCUCAUCCAGCUGGCUCAGCCAUGCUUGCCCCGUGCUCCUGCUGGGGCUGGCUGCGUGCAGAGCCCUCAGUGGCUGCAGGGGCAGCCCGGGGGUGUUGGGGACAGGGCGUGAGCGCACUUGGUCACCUCCCUCCUUAUUUAUUUUUGCUGUCUGUGGCUCAGUACUGUCGGCACGUCUCGGCAUCCCGGCUCUGCUCCACCCUCCUCCCCCUCCUCCUCCUCCUCCUCCUGCCGGGCUCUGCCCUGAGGUGGCUCCGGGGGGAGCUGCCCCUGGUCCCCAGCCGGGGACAGACACUCGGGCUGUGUCACACCGGGGCACGGCUGCAGCUCCUCACCCCGCAGCGGGGGCCGCUCCUGCCCGUGGGACACGCAGCGCUUUGGGGGCUGCAGCGGAGAGGCCCGAGCUCCCCACUCACCUCCCAAAGUCCCUGGCCUGGGGACAGUGGCCUGUGCCAUUGCCAGCCGGAGCAGGGCUCUGCUGGUGAUAGCUGCAGCCCUGGAGGGAGAGCCCGCUCCGGCUGCCUUUCCCUCUGUUCCCGGGGCCGGGGCUGGAGGAGCCGCGCUCAUUCCUCGUCCCUGGAUCUCCGUGCCCGUGGGGAGAGGAGCCGGCAGCUCCCUGGGAAACAAAAGCCAUGUUUACAUCAGACAGCUGCGGGCUCGCUGGCAGCGGCCGUGGCACCCCCUGCUCCCCUGCGCUCCCGGGAGGAGACAGCCGGCGGAACCCCAGGGAUCGGCCUCGGCCAGCGGUUCCUCUUCCUGCUUGGCAGCUUUUGGGAAUGCCAGCACGGCCUGGAAGCAGAAUUCACAGCAGUCCCAGGGGGUGCCUGCUCCUCCCCGAGCCCCUCGCAGCCCUCGGGGUGGGUGACCCUGCCGGGGAGCCACGGCCGCAGUCACCGCCUUACCCCGGGGGACCCGGCCGAGCCACGGCCACAUCACCCCGGUGUUCAUCCCCCAGCAGGGUCAGGGGGAACCCCAAACCCCGGGGCAGCUCCUGCACCCCAGCCCUCCCCGGCUCCCACCCCUCCCUGCCUCCCUCCCUGCCCCGAGGCCGCGGGAAGAAGCCACGUAAUGUACAUUUCCAGAGAAGCUUUGGGUGUAAAUCAGUGUAUACUUGGAGAGGGAAAAUUUUUCUAUCUUGUAGAGUAGGUAUUUUUAUAGAAUGAAGGUUGAUCCAUUUUUUUAAUACUUUAAAAGAAGAGAGAAAUGUAUCUGUGUAUACACAAAAGCAUAUAUAUAUAUAUGUAUAAAUAUAUAAAUAUUGGAGAUCUGCCUUUCUCGACUUGGGAUCUCGGAUCCCCAGGUCUCAAACAAUCGUUUGUUUUUUCCUGUCGCUCUCACAGAGGUACUGUAACUGUAAAUAAGCACCGGGAAAAAAAAAAAAAAGUUUUAAGCAAACAAAAAGCACUGACUUGCACAUUCACCAUGCUUUAAAGGCCCUAUGGAGAGAGAAAAACAAAAACAAAAACUCUACAUCCUGAAAAUGUUCCUCUUUCCCAACCGGUAUGUGAAGGAAGACCCCCAAAAAAGAGGCAAAAACGGUAUUGUCUUAACUGAUGUAUCAAUUCUUGUCGGAUUAAAAGCUGUUACUAUUCCUGC